GAACGGUCUUGACUAGAAAUGGCAGCUGUUCAGCUUACACGGAAGCAAGAAAGGAACUUGGUGGGGUGGGAUGGGCAAAAAUUCUGUCGCGUAGUUCUCCCUUCUCACCCUACCCAUAGAUAAAUAUUUGAACGUCGUUUGGAAGACUAGGGCUCAAUUUAUCAAAAAACAUGGCGGCCGAAAUGGCGGCUAAGAAUAUAUGCUUUUCGUCCCUGCCUGUUAUUCCUUUAGUGAAUAUUUUCUCCUUCUUGGAUAGAGAAGACCUGGCAAGGUGCUGCCAGGUUUGCAGUCGGUUCAAUCAAGUUGCCUUUUGCCUUCCUGCUUGGAAAACGUGGUGUAAAGAAGUUUGGCUAGUGGAGGAAUGUCCGCCGGGAAAGAACUGGAAACAGUUGUUCUCCGAGUGGAAAGCGAACUGGGGGCGAUACGAAUCGUGUUAUGCUUCCAUUAAAAGGGCUUGGAACUUCAUUGAAGAAUUUACAAAGCUUCACUGCCCCCAUAUCUACGAUACUUUGAACGAAGGAUUAACAGAGGAGGAGAUUACUGAAACCGAAUCAAAGAAGCUUACUGGUUGUAGACUUCCAACUGAUCUCAGAUGUUCAAUACGUAUCCAUAAUGGACAGCAACUUGUCAGUGCAGGACUCUUUGGUUCCAUGUCAAUAUCCAAUCACCAUCAAAGUGAGUCUCUUCUGGAACUCAAUGUUGCUGCAAAUGGUCUUCAGCGAAGGGACGGACUACGGAAUUGCAUUCCCAUUUCCUUCUGUUUGAAUACUGGAAAUGGACAAUUCAUGGCAUUGACGAAUGAAGAGGGACAUAAUCCAGGAGAAAUCUUUUGGCCAAGUCCUGAUCGCAGUUAUGGAAAUUAUGAUGUCUGUCCAAUGAGAAUGCAUCAUUUCCUGGGUGGGACCAAUUUUGCUUCGUGGCUCUGUAAAUAUGCAGAUCAGUUGUCUGGGAACUGCUACCCAGUAAUUGACAGGGAAAUUUACAAGUUCCUGUUUUCUGGCUCCAUGACUACCAGGGGCAUCACAGUUAAAACAACUACUGCAUUUCUGCCAGAACUAAGCAGUGUGAAACCACCUUUGUUCUUUUUCACUUAUCGCAUAUCAAUUUCUAUGGAUGCAGAAGGCUCCUUGAUGAACAAAUGCCGGCUGACAACACGUCACUGGUACAUCACGGAUGAAAACGGAGUUAAUGAAGAGGUACAUGGUGAUGGUGUGGUUGGUGAAUUUCCAGUGAUGACCCCAGGGGCCCUCCAUGAGUACAUCAGUUGCACAACAUUUUCUACACCUACUGGAACCAUGAAGGGACAUUAUGAAUUUCAGUACCUCAACAAAAAGGGCAGCUUUCAUGUGGAGAUACCACCAAUGAAUUUCAAGAGCCUUCCUUUUGUAAUUGCAGAAAAGAGGUUGUCAAACUUGAGUGAGGGCAAGUUUGAGGAAGAAUGCAGCAGUUCUGGCUCUGAUUAAGGAGUGAAUGAUUGUGUAAAUAUCAAUGUAUGAAACAUAAAAUUUAGCAUAAUGAAUACAUGUAGAUGUUAGGAGUUUUCAAUUGAGUGUUGUCAAACCAAAACAAAAUCAGUUACUUACCAGUUAAACAACUCAGCCAAUCUCAAACCAUAGUAAAACCAAAACCAAAUCCAGAGUAAUUGCCUUUCACUUAAUUACUUUCCACACUCAAUUGGAAACUGCUCUAGGUCAGUGUUUUUGUAAAUAUUUAUUUAUAACAUGUGGUUGAUUUAAAGGGCUAGGUAACAGCAUUUUAGGUAAUUCUGGUUAUGUUUGUCAACUAUGAGUUUAAAAACUUCAAAUUGGCUUAACAGCAGUCUUUCAUUGGCAAAAUCCCCUCCAUACAUCAAAUAGGGGUGAUUUCUGAACAUGAAAACAUUAACACUUUUAUGCAAUU